CUGCCAAAAGCUCACAAGUCUCCAUCCAACUUCUCCCCUUUCACUACAUACACGCCAUCCAUAUGCCCUGAUCCUCGUACCGCAACGAGUCGCAGACAUCUAGUGCUAAUAAACGCUCGCGAAGUGUCUUCGACUCCUUGGCGAGGCGCUUGGAUAGUGCUGCGCGAGACGCUCAGAGCCAUGCCGCCGUUGAAAAGAGUGCCCUCGUCGUCGACGCUGGGACGCGCGCCGACUGCAUCAACAUCAGUCCGAGGCGCUAAGCCGCCUCUGAGCAGCUCGUCGAACCUGGGCCGGCCGUCUACUGUGCUUGGAAUCAGAUCGACUUCUGGCGCUGCAAGUUCAUCGAAGGGUGCCGGCAGCGGUCCUUCUUCAAGUCAUGGAGGUGCCACAGGGAGUGCAGAUACGCGUGAGAGGCGCGAAGGGGAAGGCAUCAAGGUAUUCGUCCGUGUUAGAGGACACGCUUCGAGCGAGCCACCCGUGACAAACUCAAUCCUCUCCACAGCCGGGCCAAGGGGGCAUCAGAUCCACGUCGCACUGGACCAACCUGUCGUCUCAUCAGCUUCGUCCGCGGCUGCAGCUGCAGCGCUCGCCUCUGAUCCCGGACAAGAGAGGACGUACACGUUCGAUGGGGUGUUUGGACCGGACGCAGACCAGGGGCUUGUGUAUCAGGAUGUCGUAGUUCCCAUCCUUAAUGACGUGUUGAACGGCUACAAGUGCACUAUCUUUGCAUAUGGCCAGACUGGAACAGGCAAAACACAUACGAUGGAAGGUAACCUCGAAUCCAAAGGCACCUUUCAUUUUGACGCUGGCAUCAUCCCUCGCACCCUUGAUCGCCUUUUCCACCAGGUGGAGAUGGACAAAGAGCGUGAAUUGAGCGUGCGGGCGACAUUCCUCGAGCUAUACAAUGAGGACCUACGUGAUCUCCUCUCGCCGGACUUUUCGGCCCCUGGUGCCAGCACAGGCAUAGGGAAAGGAGGAAGCAGCAACCUCAAGAUUUUCGAGUCUAAAGAUGGCCCCCAGGUACAGGGUGUGUGGGAGACACCGAUUUCUAGCGCUGAAGAAGGCUUGAAGCUGCUACGACAAGGGAGUGAAAGGCGCCAAGUGGCAGCCACGAAUUGCAAUGACGUGUCCAGCCGCUCGCAUUCCAUCUUCACACUCACCGUCUACACUCGUGACACGUCACCGAACGCGAAAGACAACGACCUUCUCAAAGUGGGCAAGUUAUACUUGGUUGAUUUGGCAGGCUCCGAAAGCAUCGAGCGAUCAGGCGCAAAGGAGAAGGGAGCUCGCGAGGCAGGGAUGAUCAACAAGAGCUUGCUAACGCUCGGGAGGGUCAUCAAUGCACUUGUAGAGGGCAGUGCUCACGUCCCAUAUAGGGAAUCCAACUUGACGCGACUGCUCCAGGACUCGCUUGGUGGCGGCCACAAGACCUCAAUCAUUGCCACCGUUUCGCAGGCAAAGAGCAAUGUCGAAGAAACACUUUCUACGCUCGACUACGCUCUGCGAGCAAAAUCCAUCAAAAACCGCCCUGAGCUCAAUGCUAAGCUCAAUCGCCCUGCGCUGGUCAAGGAUCUCGAGAAUAUGGUCAAGGUAUUGCAAGCCGAUCUCCGUGCCUGCAUUCAGCAGAGCGGGCGGUACAUCAGCGAGGAGAAUUACUCGCGUAUGCUUAGUGACCACGACGCGACACAACGGCAGAGAGACGAGUUUAAGCGCGAGGUCGAGGUGGAAAAGAGUAAGGUGUCGAGCAUAGCUGAGCAGGUGGAGCAUAUGGCUCAGAGAGAUGUCAAGAGGCAGGCGGAGAAUACUGAGCUGAGGAGCGCGCUGGAGAAGAGUCAAGCAGAGGCAAGGAGCUUACGGAAGGAGCUCAGCGCCGCGCAUAGCAGAGUGGAGGCCUUGUCUGAAAGCGAACGGAUACUAUUUAUGACUGCACAAGAGCUGCAGGCAGACGGAGCAAGGAGUGUAGCUGACAAUGAGGGUCUUAUCGCUAAGAUCGCUCGUCAAACGAGCAGCGAAAAGGACAUCUUCUCUGGCAUCAUGGCGUACCAGCUCAGUCUGAAGUCACACCUUUCAGAAAUUGAAAAUAGCGCUCUGGUCAUUACCACCAGCACCGACAGCUUCUGUCAACGGAGUAGCGAGUCUGUGUCGAGCUAUGCAGCGCAGCGCACAGAGGAGGAGAAUGCUCGAAAAGCGACGCUGCAAGGGCACGCCGAGGCGAUCAAUAGCAUCAUGCAGACUCUGCAUCAGCAGCGGGGGUCAACGGAUGGUGCCCUAGCACAGCUCUGCGAUGCUCUUUCCAGCCUGCUGGGAAGCAUCGCGAAAGAGGGUGAAGAGACUCUGGCUAAGUACGAGCAGUCGACGAGUCAGCUCUUUUCACAGCUCUCGGAUCAUCUUCGAGCCAAUCGCAAAGAGGUUGAGAAAGCUGCGCGAGUUUCAACGGCUAAUGCCGACGAGAUCGUCACGCUCGUCGGGCAGCAUCUCGCGCAGCUUAAGGGAGAGCUUGACGACCUCAAAGCACGCAUCGAUAAUUCUGCAAAAGAGUGGAAGGACACGCUCGAGCAGCAGCAGGCGACAGAAGCAGAGGAAAUUGCAGACUGGGAUUCUGGGCUGGAACAGGUCGUCGAGCAUCUCGUAGCAAUCAGCAGGAGAACCAAGGCACACAGAGAAGCGAGAGUGACGCGACUGAUCGAGCACGCUGCGCGGAGCGCCGAGCAUCGCGCGAGUAGGUUAAGCGAGGUCGAUGUCAUUCAAGCCGAGUGUGAAGCGCUCUGGAACGAGCUCGACGGCCGGCAGGGUGUGUUGCGCAAGGGCUACGAGGAGAUUCACUCCACGCUCAAGACACAUGAGAGGAGCCUUAAAGGCGAAAUGCACGGCUUGGAGCAGACCGUUUCGAACGCUCUGCAAGACCAGGUGUCACACCUAGCAAGAGGCGCAGUGGGUUUGCAGGAGCAGCUAGCAUGUGGUGAGCUAUGAGCUGCAAACUGCGUUCCACAUCCGGACACAGCUUACGCAAGUCUUGCGCUCUUUCAGGACGGGCUGAUGUUUCAAGCGCGCUAGAUCAAGGCCACGGAAGCGCCAUGUCGAUCGCUCAGAUGGCAAGAGAGAUUGUUGGCAGCGGU